GAAAACAGGUUCGCCAUCUUGGAAGUAUUCAUCAGAAAGUUGUUCGUUCUCUUUGAUCUGCGAGUACUUCAUCGUAGUUGUAGCGGCAAAAUGACCGCUCAAGAGCAGAUGAAGAAAAUGCUGGACGAGCUGAUGGGAACGAAACGGGAUGGUGAGGCRAGUGAUGUUGGUAUUAGUUUCACCAAUGACAGGGUCUGCAAGAGCUAUCUUAUGGGCCUGUGUCCUCAUGAACUCUUCAACAACACAAAAUUCCAGCUUUUAAAGCAAAAGAUGGACCUGGGGACAUGUCAAAAGAUCCACAACCCYGCACUGAAGGCUGAUUUUGUUGAAGCAUCMAAGAAGAGAGACUAUGGCUACGACAUUGAUGAGCUGAUGGCAAUGUAGAAGAAUCUAUGUUAUUAUUGAGUGAAGUAGAAGAGUUAAAAGAAAAGAAACGACAUGCAGAGGACAUCUACAGAAACAAACUACCGCCCACGUCAAUUCAGCARCAAAAGUUACGCGUCUGUGAAGUGUGUGCUGCGUAUCUCAGCCUUUAUGAUAAUGACAGAAGGCUUGCUGAUCAUUUUGGUGGAAAACUUCACAUGGGGUUCAUCAAGAUUCGCGACAGACUGGAAGAGCUAAGGGGGGAAGUUGCUAAGAAACGAGAAGCAAAAGAAAAAGAAAGACAGCAAAGAAGAGAAGAACGAGAAAGAGAAAGAGAAAAGGAAAGACGUGAUCAUGAAAGACGUAAUGAUCGGGAUCGCUACAGAGAUCGAGACAGAGACCGGGACAGGGAUCGAGAUCGGGACCGUGAUCGCGACCGUGAUCGGGAUCGGCAGCGAGAUCGUAGACGCGACAGAAGCCGAGAGAGGAAUAGRAAUGGCGAGAGCUACAGGAGUAGAGAUAAAGACAAAGAUCGACAUCGUCGUCACCGAUCGCGAAGUAGAAGUCGCGACUCUAAGCGAAAGAGGCGUAGCAGAAGCCGUGAAAAGCAUCKUUCCCGCUCCAAAUCCCSUUCACCGACAGARUCGCGAAGUCGWCAAUCUGCGGCACCACCCACAGCUCGSAAAUCAAAGUCACGCUCUAAAUCACGCUCUCCUGUAGCGUCACGCAACGAGGAAAAGAGCGUUAYAGAGGAAAAAUUGUCGAGCUGAUCCAAAAUCUAAAGAAAUACUUGUUCGUGUUACUAUAAAYGUCUAUUGUACAGUCUUUAUACUUGAAAACUGCCAUCGUACAGAYAAGAAAUUCAUGCUUGAGUUGGCGUUGAAAAGAGUUCACAACCCAAGCUCACCAGAGGCCACGAAAUCGGGCAAUAUAAACUGAUUGUACUGCUUUUAAGUUUCAAUAGUGACCAUUUGACUUACGGCAUGUUUUUUCAUCGUUAAUUUCAAAUUUUUGUUUGAAUUCCAUGUUUUUUUACACAUUCAAUCGCUGAAUGAAUUUGUUCAAUAAGCCGACAGAAAGCAGUAUGCGAGUAAGCGCUCUAAGAGCGUCUUGCUUUUAUUGUAAAAACUCAACAACUAUGUCUUUYUCUCCCUCAUACCAAACAUAUUAGAAUCACACCUAUUUCAAAAAAGAAAGAAAGAAAAYGAAAACAAAUAACGAGAGGGCAACGGAAGUGCACUUAUAAUGGARAGUGAUGGAUGUGUAAUAUAUACUUUUUAAGUUCAACAAUGGAUGAUGGGCCGCCCUAUUAUAUCGAUUCUAUUUAUGAGUCAAGAAUAGAGUCACGUUAUACUUACUAACUAACUUGUAAAAGAAAUCAAAACUGCAUGACCAGCGUGAAAGAAUGGUUAGCUACAUUUCUGAUUAAAAUUAUCGUCCAAUGAUGUUUUAC